ACAACAAUCGAUUCAGAACAAAAGCAAAGAAAUCGGCAAAAGGGAGCAAGAGCAGAAUCUGUGUUUUGGCCGAUACUGUGUGUGCCGUAUUGUUUUUCGCCGUCCUUUAACUAUCCAAAGAUUUGAUGCUGUAAGCGUCCUACCGUGCGGACCGCCCGGCACACUACUCAUAGACACACACACCAUGGCGAACGAUCGUGAAAUAUUGCGUGAAAUUUGGGAGGGCAAAAUUCCAGUACAUUUUAAGCUAUCGGCCGACGAAACCGAUGUAGAGCCGGAAGAGUAUUUUCUUCUCAUACCGCGGUUGAGCUACUUUCCUCUCGUUACUGAUAAAGUAAGAAAACAUUUCCUACGAUUCGUGUCGAACGAGCUGCAGGACGGGGAAAUGUGGAUGGACAGCAAUGGAACACCAUUAAAGUGGCACUUCCCUAUAGGUGUUUUGUACGAUCUACUCGUCGGUACUGAUGGGACACUGCCCUGGCACGUCACAGUACAUUUUUCAAAGUUUCCCGAUGAUAUUCUCAUCCGGUGUCCCAACAAAGAAAUUGUUGAAGCACACUUCAUGUCUAGUCUCAAAGAAGCCGAUGUGUUGAAACAUCGCGGUCAAGUGGUUUCCGCCAUGCAGAAGAAAGACCACAAUCAGCUCUGGUUAGGAUUAGUUAAUGAUAAGUUCGACCAGUUCUGGGCGGUAAACAGGCGAUUGAUGGAACCCAUCCCCGACCAGGACGGUUUCAAACACAUUCCAGUAAGGUGCUAUGCCGAGGACGGUACGUACCAGCAGAAACUAGUCGCACCCAGCACCGCAUCCGGUCAGAAGCGUCUGUUGCAGGAUUUGUUGGACGAUUUCUCAACACCUGUUAGGAAAGCAGUCGAGGCAAGAACCCAUGGCGUUACCGUGCCGGAAUCCACUCCACUCCAGUGGCUGUCGGAGCACCUCAGCUAUCCGGACAACUUUCUGCAUCUCUGUCUAUCGUACGCAUAAGCCCCAUCGCUCAGGUGUGUAAAGUGGGAGGGUGAAGAUGAUGGUGGUGGGUGGGAGUCCGUACCAAAACCAAAAACCCCCGGAGAAACCGCCGUCACCGUCGUCAUCAUCGCCAUCAUCGCCCGUUCUACCUUAUCGCGCGUCACCGCCGCACAUUCGUCUUACGCUUCACGGACUUCUCUUUAUUUUCCUCUCGAUUUGGAUUUUUGUGCUGGCGCCCUCCAUCACUACUCGCCCCCAGCCGCAUUAAAAAAACCCAGAGGAAGACGACGAUCGAGAAAUGAUCACGUUCAUCAGCAGCCCGCGCUCGGACGCGGAAUCGGACCAAGAAGAGAGAUGGCGUCAUAUUCAUUCCCACGCAGCAGCAGAGAGACACACAACCGUGGUGGCCGCCCAGACACUAUGGAACCUGGUGGUACUUCACUGAUCGUAUCGUCGUCCACCCAAAUAGUGGAUGGAAGAGGGAGGGAGCUGAACAUCCUUCGCAGUAAACCUGCGACACAUACAUACACACACAGCCAGUCAGUCAGCCCCGGGGAGAUGGGGGAGAUGGGUUAAGAUAAGGUCUCGCGCGCGCACCACCGAGUCUGCCGCGGCCGUAUCUUAAACCGUGCCCGGUGCCGUGAUCUCGCAGUCGCUCGGUCGCCAUUUGGAGCCGUCACCGCCACAGUCGCCGCAGUCACCGUCGCCGUCUUUUGCUUGCUUGACAUUUAUGUCUAAUUAUACGAUUAUCGUUUCUCUUUUUCGCGCCAGCCAGCCACAGACGUGUUGUGUUUUGCCGCCGUACUACCACCGGGCACCGGAGGGGCGCGCACGUUCGCGCUCGUUCGCGGUGUGCAUAUGACGGGCGGUACAAGUGAAGCACCAUUAAUGUUGUCAUAAUAAGAAGGUAAAAUAUAUGCACACUGCGGCUAGUUACCUUUA